GAUAAAGUCACGUGCAGUCACGCGUCCAGUUGAUUUUCGAACGCGACCAAGUGGUCAAAGGGAUUCGACUUCGACUUCAACUAUUUGACACUAGUCACUGCUUUGUCUUUCAUAAGUCCUUUCUGCUCCUACUUUGAAAUCAAUCAUCAAAAUGUCUGCCACAUCUACGCCUACAGACUCUCCUGUCUCUGCUCCCAUUCAGCCAAUGCACAAUCCCUCGCAAGCCGCUCACAUCGUCGUCCCACAAGCACCGCUUGGACAUGUCGCAAACGGUACCAAUAACACUAUACCUGGAAUGGGCAUGAAAGCCCUCUUAGCCAAAAAGAUGGCGAAGAGCAACAAUCCCAAGUUUGUCUCACCGACGGACAACCUGAUGACACCCGUCACGCAGAAGCUGAAUGCUGCGAAGCAGAAACACUUCACUAAGGGCGCGAAACCCAUGGGUACCCUCUUCCCACCUAAAGAGUCACAUUCAUCAGAGCAAGAAGAUCACAGUCAAGGCGACACAGAACCUACAAAAGACACGUCUUCAGAAGUACUGAUGGAAGAAGACGAGAAUCCCUUCUAAGACAGAACGCAGUUGGCCCAGUCUCGCACCUCCAUGAUAACCUCACGUCGUUUGUUGUAUUAUGCUCUUGUCUGUGUCGAUAAAUCUUGCUUGCCUGUGUAGAGUCUAGCGAUGUUGUAGGAGGUUGUAGAAUGUUCCCACGCUUUGCUGUAGUGUUACGCGUCGCGGCUAGUAUGUAUGCCUUAUUAUACG